CAAUCCAAAAUUGUGGAUUUUAUUUUAGUCCAUCCGCAGGUUCUAAUUUAUCUACACCGUCCUUCCAUGGCUCGCAUUUGGGAGCAAACUUUGAGAGAGGGAGACAGGAAAAACAGGAAAGGUGAGCAGGGCGCGUGUGAGUGUGACUCCGAAAAAAAGGUAAAACCGGGUACCCGAUUCAGACACAGUACCAUGUAACCACCACAGAAAAAGGCUCGCAGUCCGAGGUAUAUGCCUUAAAAAACUGCAAACCCAGAAACACACCCACGAGACAAAUCUCCUCCUCAGAUCAGAUCUGGUUCCGCCUAGAAGUACAAGGAGAAACAAUCGGUGCGUCUGUUCCCAUAUUGUGGCGUUGGAAAAGGGUUGGUUUUGUUUUGGUUUGAUAAUGGAGCAGAAGGGUUUGUUGGUGUCGGCGUUGAGUGUCGGCGUGGGAGUGGGUGUGGGGCUGGGUUUGGCCACCGGACAGAGCAUCACCAAAUGGUCGUCCUGUAAUUCGUCGUCCAACGUUAUCACUGCUGAUAAAUUGGAACACGAAAUCCUUAAACUCAUUGUUGAUGGUCGUGAAAGCAAAGUCACUUUUGAUCAAUUCCCUUACUAUCUCAGUGAACAGACACGAGUUGUAUUGACAAGUGCUGCAUAUGUCCAUUUGAAACAUGCUGAAGUUUCUAAGUUUACUCGAAACCUCUCCCCUGCAAGUCGAGCCAUCUUACUCUCCGGACCUACAGAACUUUACCAGCAAAUGCUUGCAAAGGCAUUGGCUCACUACUUCGAGGCCAAACUGUUGCUUUUAGAUAUAACUGCCUUUUCCCUAAAGAUUCAGAGCAAAUAUGGCACCACCGUUCAGGGUUUUAGACGAUCCACUUCAGAGUCAACAUUGGAGAGAUUGUCUGGCUUAUUUGGAUCCUUUUCAAUCCUUCAACCCAGGGAACAACAAAAAAUAGGUUCAUUACGAAGGCAAAGUAGUGGUGUGGAACUUGCAUCACGCGGAAAGGAAGGAUCUCCCAGUCUCCCGAAACUUCGAAGAAACGCCUCUGCUGCUGCUAACAUUAAUAACCUUGCAACACAAGGCAAUGUUGAGAAGCCAGCUCCCCUUAAGCUCAUGACCAGAUGGCCUUUUGAGGAGAAACUUCUUAUACAGUGUCUGUAUAAGGUUCUUCUAUAUGUAUCGAAAGCGAGUCCCAUUGUUUUAUAUCUUCGUGACGUAGAUAGGUUCUUAUCCAAGUCAAAUAGGGUAUAUAACUUGUUCCAGAAAAUGCUACAAAAGCUGUCAGGCACCAUUUUGGUUCUUGGUUCGCGUACUACCGAUUCAAGCAACGAUUAUAUCGAGGUGGAUGAUAGGCUCUCUGCUCUUUUUCCAUACAAUAUCGAGAUCAAGCCACCUGAAGAUGAAUCUCAGCAUGUCAGUUGGAAGUCUCAAUUGGAAGAGGAUAUGAAGAAGAUCAAGGUUCAGGAUAACAGAAACCAUGUAAUAGAAGUUCUUUCAGCGAACGAUCUUGACUGUGAUGAUCUCGACUCGAUCUGUGUUGCUGAUACCAUGGUUCUCAGCAACUACAUAGAAGAGAUUGUGGUGUCUGCAAUUUCUUAUCAUCUAAUGAACAACAAGGAUCCUGAAUACAGAAAUGGAAAACUGAUCAUCUCGAGCAAGAGUUUGUCCCAUGGAUUGAACAUAUUCCAAUCAGGAAAAUCCAAUGGCAAAAACACUGUACAGCUUGAAGCACAAACUGAAGCUUCAAAGGAGUCGGGGGCGGUGAAACCCGAAGCAAAAGCUGGUGCCGCAGCUCCUGAAAACAAAAGUGAAGCAGCGCCUGCAGCCGUGGCGAAAACUGAUGGAGAGGCUACUGUUCCAGCUGCAAAAGCCCCUGAAGUUCCACCAGACAAUGAGUUCGAGAAACGCAUUAGGCCAGAGGUUAUACCAGCGAACGAGAUUGGUGUUACAUUUUCUGAUAUCGGCGCCAUGGACGAGAUAAAAGAUUCUCUUCAGGAACUCGUAAUGCUUCCCCUUCGAAGGCCAGAUUUAUUUCUCGGAGGGCUUUUGAAGCCUUGCAGAGGCAUAUUGUUGUUUGGACCUCCUGGAACUGGAAAGACUAUGUUGGCCAAGGCCAUAGCCAAAGAAGCCGGAGCAAGCUUCAUUAAUGUAUCGAUGUCAACCAUAACUUCCAAAUGGUUUGGAGAAGACGAGAAGAAUGUUCGAGCUUUAUUCACAUUGGCAGCCAAAGUCUCUCCCACCAUCAUAUUUGUAGAUGAGGUUGAUAGUAUGCUCGGGCAGAGGACGAGAGUCGGUGAGCAUGAGGCAAUGAGAAAGAUAAAGAAUGAGUUCAUGGCUCAUUGGGAUGGACUCUUGACAAAUUCAGGGGAGCGUGUGCUGGUUCUUGCAGCAACAAAUAGGCCAUUUGACCUCGAUGAAGCCAUCAUUCGACGGUUUGAGAGAAGAAUAAUGGUGGGGUUACCAACACCUGAAAGUAGAGAAAAUAUAUUGAGAGCUCUCUUGGCGAAGGAAAAGGUGGAAGAAGGACUAGACAUGAAGGAGCUUGCAACAAUGACAGAAGGAUAUAGUGGAAGUGAUCUCAAGAACUUCUGCAUGACGGCUGCUUAUCGACCCGUUCGGGAACUAAUCCAGCAAGAAAGACUAAAGGAUAUGGUAAAAAAAACAAAGUGCUGCGGAGGCACAGAAUGCAGUAGGGGAUGCAGCAGGAGAUGGCAAAGAAGAAAGAGUAAUCACCCUCAGAGCACUAAACAUGGAGGACUUCAAACAAGCAAAGAAUCAGGUUGCAGCCAGUUUUGCAGCAGAAGGAACAAUGAUGAGUGAAUUGAAGCAAUGGAAUGAGCAAUAUGGGGAAGGAGGAUCAAGAAAGAAGCAACAGUUGUCUUAUUUCCUGUGAGGUUAGGCCAUGAAUGGCUGUGAUUUGCUGCAACUCUUAGGGCUCUCUUAUUUCCAUGUGAGGAAGCUUUGUUUGUGUAAAUAUGAGGAAAGCUUUGAUUUGUUCCAUUUCUAUGUGGCUCUGCUCUGGGAAUUACAUACCCAACUAGUUUCUUUCAAUCGGCUGGUGCUGGAAUCACAGCAAACCAAAAGCCUCUUUUUUGUUUUUUGUUUAUGGUUCUGAGUUCCUUAUCUUUUAUAUAUUUUGUAUCAAAUUGUUUCUUUU